AUGCAGCCGCCGCCCUCAGAUGCGAUGACCAUGAGUCGGAGCGUGCUGGAACAAGCAGCGAGCCCCAGCACGAGCAGCGACUCGUCGCCAGUGCUUGUAGGAGCAGCAGCCCCAGAGCGUCAGCGAUCGCGCUCUCGUCCCGUCGAGACCGAGGACGACGAGUCAAAUGGAGGCGAGACGGAUGAAGUGGAAGAGAUCAAGGAAGAGAAGAGGGGCACGACUGUGAAAAAGCGCUUGUUGCGGCGACUGCAGACUGAACUAGGUGUUGCCCGGUUGCCGUUGUGUGCUAAGGCUCAUGAAGAUGCGAACAGUGUGUCGUCCUUGUCAACCUCGCGCUAUGCGUUACGUACGCGACAGGACAGGCCGAAGCGCUUUGACGAGUCAAUUUACAACGAUGUAUUUAUGAACUCGCAUGGAACUUACAACGAAUCGACGUCUGCUGCGUCUACUACUAUGAAUAACAAGAAGCGCAGACGUCGUGGCGGCUGGGGUCGAAACUGCCGUGCCAAACGACUUCGUAGCCACGCGGGCGAAGACGAGGGAGAAAACGAUGAGGAUGAAGACGAUGAAGAGGAUAACGAAGACGAUGAUGACGAUCAAGACAAGCAGAUGGAGCAGGAGAUGAGUAUUCGCGAGAUCAACAAAAAGAUCAAAGCACAGGAGCGUGAAGAACAAGAAAAGUCCCGGGUGUUAUUACGACGGGAGCGACCAUUACGUUACGCUCUACGGUCUCGAGAUAGUCUCAGUAUGAGCGAGGGGAGCGUUGUGUCGCCGCCUCAAACUGACAAACGGUCUCGUCGGACAAAGCGAUCACAAAGGGAAGUGAGUCUAUCUGACGACGACCAGUCGGAGGCUGGGUGCGAAGGAGAAGACGGUGAGAACGUGCAGUCCGACAAUGACGAUGCCAACUCCGAGGAUGAUCGUGAAGAUGAUGACGGCGAAGAAGAACUAGCUGGUUCCACCCGUUACCACCUGCGGCAGCGUCGACAAGCUCCUACCGGCAACAGUAUGACUACCCGAAGUCGAUCAAAGGUUAGCUCAGUUCCUGUGUUUGGAGCCGAAGACAAAUCGCGGCGCUAUUCGCUUCGCGAUCGAUCCAAGACGCAUGGAACGGACGUCAACGAAGACGUUACUGCCUCGCUGGAGACUCCAGCUUACGCAGAGUAUCUGAAGCGGCGAGCUGGUCGUGCUUCAAGGAGAAAUAGCACAAACGAAUCUGGUAUCAAUAGGCGGCUCUUUUUGCCGGACAUGGACUCAUCGUCUCCUCCGCGUCGUCGUCAAGGCCGAGGGCGACGUAAGCAUGGCCAAGGACACCGAAAUCGACACCGCCGGUCUUUUUCAUCCUCUUCUGGAUCUUCUUCAUCCUCGGAUAUGCAUACGGAUGACGACGAUUCUGACGGUGGCAUGCGAACGAGCAGUCCAUGGCGGCCUUCUAAAAGUGGUCGAAAAAGUGGAAGUUCACGCGCUGAUAUCGUGCCUGUAGAAGUAGACCGCAGCAUCACGUGGGAAAGCGUGGGCGGUCUGAAGUCGCAUAUCGAAUCGCUGAAAGAAAUGGUGAUGCUACCGCUGCUGUACCCUGAAUUCUACGAUAAGUUUAACGUUGCGCCUCCGUCAGGCGUUCUGUUCUAUGGACCACCAGGCACAGGAAAGACGCUGCUAGCCAGAGCGUUGGCGAAUUCUUGCUCUUCGUAUGAUAAGAAUGAGCAAGGUCAUGGCUCCGAGAGAGCAGCGAAUCAUGCACAACAUGGAAAGAAAGAGGAAAGGUGUGGACGGCACGUUACAUUCUAUAUGCGAAAAGGAGCGGAUUGUUUGAGUAAAUGGGUGGGAGAAGCCGAGCGACAACUACGUCUCUUGUUUGAGGAAGCAAAACGAAAUCAGCCGUCGAUUAUAUUCUUCGACGAGAUCGACGGUCUUGCGCCUGUGCGCAGUGCUAAGCAAGAUCAAAUUCACGCAUCGAUUGUGUCAACGUUACUGGCCCUUAUGGACGGCAUGGAUUCGCGGGGACGCGUCGUUGUUAUUGGAGCAACCAAUCGGCUCGAUGCCAUUGAUCCUGCGUUGCGUCGACCUGGCCGGUUUGACCGAGAGCUUGGCUUUAAGCUGCCGAGUGUGACUGAGCGGAAGAGCAUGCUUGCAAUCCAUUCGAAACAUUGGAACCCUCCGUUAUCGGACAAGUUCUUGACAGAGCUUGCUGAGCAAACGUUGGGUUACUGCGGUGCCGAUAUCAAAGCACUUUGUGCGGAGGCGGCAUUGUGUUCUCUGCGUCGCGUGUACCCGCAAGUGUACGCCAGUGAAGACAAACUUCUGAUCAAUUUGGACAAGGUGGUGGUGGCCCGCGGAGACUUUACGAAGGCAGCGAAAAAGAUCACUCCCGCUUCUCAUCGCACCGUCAGUUCGUUUGCAUCGCCACUACCGCGAGCAGUCGAACGGCUGCUGCAGCAGCAGCUAUCGAAAAUGGUGCGAGAUGUUUCUCGCAACUUUCCACUUUUCCCACUGCAAAAAUCAUCCAUGGAUGAUGCCGUUGUCACGGGCAACGAUGCUGACGAAGAUGUGGGGGCUGGAGAUGACGAAGACGAGGGUGAAGAUGAUGUGGAUAUAUACGGGAUGGUGAAUCAUGAUGAUUGUGCUGUUUGUCGUGGGAACGAGGCCGAGCUGCUUUACUGUGAUGCAUGUCCUAAGGCCUUUCAUCCUGCAUGCCUUGUAGACGUGACCGUGGCUCAUAAGAAGAGCAAAAGCAGUGAGGGCUUCUGGCUUUGCCCUGACUGCUUGGGCUCUGAUUGCACUGCGCAACAAGGAGCACAUCGCGUGCAAAAGAAGCGUGUUCACUCUAUAGCGAAUCUUAUGUUGCCCCGCCACUCGGGUUUUCCUCGUGUCUUGAUUGCGGGCAAGGCUGGCAUGGGACAGCAGUACAUUGGUCCGGCGCUGCUACAUUUGUUAGAAGGAUUGACGCACUUCUCGCUGGAUUACCCUUCGCUUGUGGCCGACUCCAACUCGCACUGCCCGGAAGAAGCACUUAUUCGGAGACUCACCGAGGCCCAGAAGUGCUUGCCUUGUGUACUCUAUCUUCCGCAGAUUGAGUUGUGGUGGAAGAAUACGAGCGAAUCGAUGCAUUUGACUCUGAAGAUGAUGCUGACGAAUCUUCAAGCUCAAGUAAGUCUGCCAAUCAUGUUUCUAGCGUGCACAGCGUCGACCUCGUGUGAAGGGCAAAGUUUACCGGAGGACUUGCUGGCGCUGUUUCAGGAAGAUCCGAGCGUAUCCACGACUUCUGUGGUCAUGGAGCUGUGCACACCAAGCAAGUCUGAACGUUAUGCACAUUUUGAACAGAUAUUUACCUCGCUUGCUACACCCCCAUGUCUUCAGAAAAGCAAACGAGCCAAGAGCAGCCAUCUAGAGGUGCUUCCGCUGGCGCCACUCCCACCUGCAAGACCAGAGAUGAAGAUGACGCUGGAAGAGCAGCAAAGAAGAAAAGAGCGAGACCUUCACUUUUUGCGUGAGCUGCGCAUCUUCUUGAGUCAGGUGCUGGUGUACUGCUAUUCGCAGAAAGCAUACACACCGUUUUUUGUGCCGGUGGAUCCCGUUGCAGUGCCGAAUUACUACCUGAUCGUGAAGUGCCCCAUGGACUUGAGCACAAUACGUGACAAACUGAACGAUGAGGAGUAUACAUGCUUCGAGCAGUUCAUGGAUGACAUCCAGCUUAUCGUACGGAACGCCAAUGUGUUCAAUCCCAAGCGCAGUACCACGCGGCAUAUCGCGCAUGCGGCUGGUACGAUGAAGGAUAAUAUCUUGUCGUAUGCCCACCGCUUCCGCAUACGCCAAGGUUACGACCUUUUUGCCAAGUGUCGCGAGGUGACGAAGCGGCUCCGAGCGCAUCCAACGAUGUACGGGGAGUAUGGUCAACGAUUUUUGGAUUCCACUGGAAAGAGUAGUCGCACGAAGCAUGCCUGCGCGUCCGAAAAGCCUGGCGUGCGUACCAGUGCGCGGCUCCGUGGUGUGAAAGCUCCUGAUCUUGGUUCGAACGAAGUGACAUCUCGCGCGACGGUAAGCACAGACAGGCUUGCCAUCGACGAAGUUACUGCGAAGCAGGAGCCUACAGCUGAUGUUCAGGGCGACACAAAAGUUAUCACGCGGGUGGCUCAGUGGUUCAACGAUGAAGAGGAGGAGCGGAAAAAGAAAAGUGGUGCAGGCGAUUGCAUUGAAACAGGAAGUGGCAACAAGGCAGCUGCAGAGGUGGAAGAAGAUCGAGAAGAAGAGGUGUUUGAAGAGGGCGAUCGCAUUUUCGUGAGCAGUCGAACGUAUCCUGGUGUCAACCGUGAGGGUGGUGCCGGUGUCGUGGUGAGCCGCAAUAAAGACGGCACGUACAAUGUCAAGUACAUUCUCGGUAGACGCGAGAAGUCCGUCAGUGUCAAGUACAUAAAACGGUUGACAGACACUGCUGUGAUGGAGUCCGUGAAGACACAACGGUACGUGGCCAGCAAGACGACGGACGCAGCUGGAUCCGUGCGCCUCAUCCAGGACGAAGAAAAGAUGGAUGAGACGGACUACUUUGAUGAAUUAUUGUGGCCCAUUUUGAGAGAGGAAGGGUGGAAACGCGUCGACAGCUUUGAUAUCAUUGAAGCGUCGGGCGAGGAGUCCGGUCUGGCCGUGCAACGCGUCGUCUUUACCCCAGGCACGAAGCAAAACGGUGAGUCCGUGGCUCUGAAAGGUGUACUGGAGGCCUUGGAGUACGUAUCGGCGGACGCUGAGUUAUCGCAGAAAUGCUUUGGCUCUCGGUAUGCGGAAGGUCUGACAGCUGCUGAAGUUCCUGGCGAGAGCAGCAGUGACGAAGGCAUCGCUGAGAUCGACAAAGCGCCUGUAAUGGAGACGAAGGCCGCAGCUGUGGAAUCGAAGGUUGAUGAGCCUGUGUACGAGGCGCAGGACGAUGAGCCUGUGUACGAGUCGCAGGACGAUGAGCAGGUGAAGGACGAGCAGAAGAUACCAGACUUUAUUUAUGACGAGGCUCGAAUGGCUGCAGUCCUGACGAAGCUCGUGGAAAAAACCGCCAACUGGACUGUCGACAAGCUGCGCGACGAGCUGCUCGUGCUCAACAAGUUGGUGUACCCAUUUCGCACUCGCUUUGACCGGACGAAGCUGAUGAUGCUCCUCGAGGCCCACGAAACGGCGAUGCAGGCGUAA